AUGUCCGCGGACGCCUCGGAGCCAGAGUCCGAGCCGGGAUCCGAGCCGGGGUUCGGGCCGGGAUCCGAGCCGGGGUCCGGGCCGGGGUCCGGGCCGGCGUCCGAGCCGGGGUCCGGGCCGGGGUCCGGGCCGGCGUCCGAGCCGGGGUCCGAGCCGGGGUCCGAGCCGGCGUCCGGGCCGGGGUCCGGGCCGGCGUCCGAGUUGGGGUCCGAGCCGGGAUCCGAGCCGGGGUCCGGGCCGGGGUCCGGGCCGGGGUCCGAGCCGGACCAGCUGUGCUCCGAGCACGGAGAGCCUCUGAGCUUGUUCUGCCUCUUCGAGAGACGGCCGGUAUGCGCCGCCUGCGCCAGGUUGGGCGGCCGCUGUCACGGGCACCGCAUCCGCCGGGCGGAGGAGCACGCCGAGGAGCUGCGAAACAAGAUUGUGGACCAGUGUGAGAGGCUACAGCUACAGAGCGCGGGCAUCACCAAGUAUGUGGCAGAGGUCCUGCAAGGGAAGAACCAGAAAGCAGUGAGCAUGGCUAGUGCGGCGAGGGAGCUGGUUAUCCAGAGGAUGAGCCUGGUGAGGAACCUGUGUGAGAGUGAGGAACAGCGGCUGCUGGAGCAGGUGCUGGGUGAAGAGGAGCGGGCUCACCAGAGUAUCCUGACUCAGCAGGCACAUUGGACUGAGGCACUGAGAAAGCUGGACACCCUCCGUACCAGCCUGGUGGGCAUGCUCACCCAUCUGGAUGACCUCCAGCUGAUUCAGAAGGAGCACGAGAUUGUUGAGAGGGCUGAGGAAGCAGAGGGCGUUUUGGAUCCCCAGGAGUCGGACAAAUUAAGCUUUAACGAGAAGUGUGCUUGGAGCCCACUGCUGACUCAACUCUGGGCAACAUCGGUCCUCGGGUCUCUCCCAGGCAUGGAGGAGGUGCAUAUCAAUGAAAGGACUGUCAGCCCCUUACUGCAUUUGUCUGAAGAUCGACGGACCCUGACCUUCAGUGCCAAGAAGUCCAAGGCCUGCUCAGAUGACCCCGAACGCUUUGACCACUGGCCUAAUGCCUUGGCUGCCACCACCUUCCAGGCCGGACUCCACGCCUGGAUAGUGAAUGUUCAGCACAGCUGUGCCUAUAAAGUGGGCGUCGCCUCAGCCCAGCUGCCUCGAAAGGGCUCUGGCAGUGACUGCCGCCUGGGCCACAGUGCCUUCUCCUGGGUCUUCUCCCGCUAUGCUCAAGAGUUCCGUUUCUCACACAAUGGGCAGCACGAGCCUCUGGCGUUGCUUCGGUGCCCAGCACAGCUGGGCGUGCUGCUGGACCUCCAAGCAGGAGAGCUGGUCUUCUGUGAGCCUGCCUCAGGGACGGUGCUUCACAUCCACCGCACGACUUUCCCUCGACCGCUGCUCCCAGUCUUUGCCGUGGCUGACCAGUUCAUCUCUAUCGCACCAGUGGCCACAGUGAGGCCAGAUCCAUGCCCCCAUCACCCCUGCAGGCCAGGCCAUGCUUCUGGCUAGUGAUGUGUUCCCGGUGAUGUGUGUGGUCUUCCCCAUGGGAUCUGCUUCAAACUCAGACAUAACAUUUCAAUGUUGAUCAUCUGUGGGGAACCUGUUUCUCUCUUGGCCUUACUCUCCCAAACCCACGUUCCUUGUGCUCUUCUGAGGAUCUCAUAAAUCUGUGUCUCUGCCAUCCAGCAUGGUUCCUGGUGCACAGUGAAGGAGUAUAUGGCUGGGCAGGUUGGUGACCUGAGAUGUGGCAGGCCCUGGAGUGUCUCUGCAGAGAAGCCUGUGGUGAAGAUUCCCUAGCCUCUCAGCUCAGUAGUUCUUGGUCUUUUUCAUGACACAGCUGUGGAGAGACUAUUUUUCUAGCAUACAAAGGACAACCUGCCAGGCAGCUCUUGGUCAGAAAACAGGCCUGGAAGUGUCAUGCCCUCCUCCCACAUUCUGCCAUCCCCAGGAAGUGUGCUUGUAGCACAGUUGUGGGCAUUUGUCCCAGGUCCUGAGGCUGAGCUGUAGCAUGGACCUGCCUGUGAUAGGGUGAUUCCCCUUACUGUGCUUCCCUUGGGAUAGAGACCUGGAUGGAGAGCUUCAAACCAGAAGAGCUGAGGGGAAAGGAGGACUAUCCUUAAUGAAUGAAUGUGUUUCAUUAGAGGUUUCUGAAUGCUUAGUGAUUUCUUGGCUGUAACUGGCUUCAAGCAGCAAGGCAGCCUUGGGUACAGGCUUAGAAAUAAGUGGGCCAUGGCUCCCCUAGCAGAAAGGGCCUGGAGCUGUUGAACCAAGGGCACAUCUCUUUGCCAUUUCCUCCAUAACGAGUUCAUCUGAGGAUGAUAUUUUUGCAAGAACUGGGGAGGAAGCUUGGUGGCAGAGCACUUGGCUAGCAUGCCAAAAGCCCUGAGUUCCAUUCCUAGCAAUGCAAACUGAGCAGUGUGAAAACCAGUCAGGGUGGCCACAAGUCCAGCUGGCAGAUAAUCACUGUUCUGCUUCAGUCCCUUACUGCCAUGCAGAAACGGGGUCCCAAGAUGACUCGGAGGACUAUGUGGGUUCAUAUGUACAUGUGUGUAUUUGGGCAUGCAUGUAUGUAAGUGCCAUCUUCAGAAGUGCCAUCUCCCCUUUGGAGACAGUCUCCAGUUGGCCUGGAGCUCAUCAACUAGGGUGGACUGGCCAGUGGGCCUCAAGGAACUGUCUUAGUCUCCCCGCUGCUGG